AAAAAGACGCGGAACAAGUCAAACCAGUCAAGACUAAAAAUGGCUGCAGACCGGACCGGGGCGACGACGCUCGAGGAAGACAACGAGGAGGUUCAGACAUCAACAGACUGUGACCCAGAAUUGUCUCUGGGUCAAAGGGGUAACAUCCCGAAGAGACAUGCACGAGUCACCGUGAAGUACAACCGGAAGGAGCUGCAAAAGCGGCUGGACGUGGAGAAGUGGAUCGACGAGAGUCUGGACCGGCUGUACCAGGGUCAGGAAGCUGAUAUGCCCGAAGAGGUGAACAUAGACGGUUUGAUUGAUCUGCCUGAUGACGAGGAGCGAGUCAAGAAGUUACAGGAGCUUCUUCUAAAGUGCAGAAACAACACAGAGCCCUUCAUCAGAGAGCUGGUGGUGAGGCUCGAGGGAGUUCACAAACAGGAGGAGCUGCAGAGCGAGGGCAUCGAGCAUCCCGUCAUCUGCCACAGCCACUACCGCCACGAGCCCUACCACUUUAACAACCCGCACCAACACACACACCAAUGCCAAGGACAGAACCAGACCCUCUGACAGAACCCCAGAACAACACACAACAACACACACACACACACACACACACACACACACAAUAGAAGGAUAAAAAACAUCAAGGUCAAGAGCUAAACGACAGCUCUCUAGUAUCAGUAUCAGUACUCUUAAUAUGAAGCUACUAGCAGUGGGGUCAUUUUGCUAGCUAAAGGAAACAGGAAACAGCUAGCAGGACUGUAUAGGAGAGAAACAAAAUCAACAUACCAGUACUUCUACAGCUCAGUCUUUGCUAAUUAAUGCUCAUCCUAAUCAGGAAUAUGACUGCAGGAACAUUUGAAUGUAUUUGUGUUGGUUUAACACAAAUAAAGAUUAUUUGCAUUUCCAGAUAAACCAGGAUUAGGUGAAAAGAAGCACCUGAAGGUGAACACAGCCUCGAUAAAUGAAGCUCCUCCUCCAGAAACUGUGCAUGGGUUCACUUGUUCUUGUUCUGUUAGCAAGGUUAGGCAAUGUUUUAAUUGGAUGGACAGCGAUUAGUGGCUUUCUGUUUCAGCUGCAGAACACCUGAGAGUGACAGUUUCACCUGAUGCUGUAAACUGGAUAACUACAACAUGAAACUAUUUCUCUAACCACUUUUUAAAUAGACACUUGUGUUUGAUAACCAGACAAGAAAAGCUUAUCAAACAGCAAAGGCUUUAUUCUCUGGUUUAACACAAAUACCUUUUAAUCAUCAGCGUCAAAACACAACUCUGUUUCACUCGAUGGGAAAAUGCCUGAGGACCCGGCUGGUGCUAUAAUCAAGCUAUCCGUGUACACAUCAGUUCUACAACAAUUUCCGGCACCAAAUGAAGUAUGUGAUGAAAACAGAGGAGUGCACAUGUGAUAGAAAAACAUAAUAUACAGUCCAUUAUUUUAAAUGAAAGUCUUGGUAUUUAUAAUAAAUCUUAAACUUGCAGACGUAAACUAGCUCUAAGCUAACUCUGCUGCACAGUGAUGUUGUUACAGUACAGCUCACCUUCCACUGAACACAUUUCAGCUGCACCACUCUGUAGUGUUGUAGUCAAGACCACACCAACCGAGUGCUCCGAGACCAAGACAAGAGCGAGACAUUUAGGGGCCGAGACCGAGUCAAGACCAAGACCAAGGCAGGGCGAGACCGAGACAAGACCAUAAAUAUCAAUGAAAAAUCAUCAUGUUGUGUGCAGCAGGCUUCCCCUUACUUGCGACAAUAACUGGGGAUAAAAAUCUCAUUAUGUUCUUUUAGAAAGAGGACGUUUUUCUUCUAAUCACAGUGAUGACUUUGAAAAUUAGCCUUUCAGUGGUGGUCUGGUCUUGACUGGUUUUGAUUUAAAAGUCUAAGACCGAGACAAGACUGAGUAAAAAUGCUUUAGAUUCUGAGACGAGACGGAGACCUUCAGAAAGCAGUCUGAAUCUUGAGACCAAGACGGAUUUUGAGUUCUACAACACUACCACUCUGUAUAACACUGCUAGUUUAGAGGCACAGGUAAACAUAUUUAACAUCUGUUCAACUGUAAUGUCAUGAUGUUAUUUAUUGUCAUGGUUAAAGGAAAUGGAGAUUGGUCCAAUAUAACAGCAGCACAAUGUAACACAGUAAACUGCUGCAUUAAAUACACAAUAGUGCUUUUUAAUAUUUUACUGUGAUUGUUAUUUCAUCUGAUGUGUUGUUAAUACAUUAUGAACUGUUUUCAGUUUGUUUAUUUCUGCAAAGAGACACCAGUCCAUUUAACUGCUAAUAAACGAUUUCUUUCAUGGUCA